AUAUUUCCGGAGCGGGUUCGUUGAAUCUGUCGUGAACCUGCGGGUGCUGUACUGCGCAUGCUCCGCUGCUUCCCGGAAGUUUUGAAUUGUGUUGUCGAAGCGGUAGUUUGUGAGUUUCAGUCCUCGGACACUUGUACGUUCUCCCCCUCAGGCGGUGAGUUCUCUCCCCGGCGGUGAGCUCCCUCCCCGGUGGGUUCUCUCCCUCAGGCGAUCGGUUCCUUCUCGUGUUGUUGUUGUUGAUGUCUCCGGUGACCUGAGGACAUGUCCGACUUCCACCUCAUCCCGGUGGCCGGCGGCGCCCCCGUGCAGCUGCCGCUGGGAGAGACGGUGCUGGGCCGGGGCCCGUUCCUGGGAGUCAGUGACAAGAGAGUGUCCCGACAGCACGCACUGCUGAAGAACCUGAGAGGACGACUGAGCCUCAAACCUACGCACCUGAACCCGUGUUUCCUCCGGUCUUCCCUGAGCGACGACCCUCGACCUCUGAGCAGAGACUCGUGGGUCCGGCUGCAGGACGGAGACAUCCUCUCUCUGUUGCCGGGACAGCUGCUCUUCAGGGUAGAGGAGGUGGAGGAGGUGGACGGAGCCACGCAUCCUAUCAGAAACAGUCAGAUACUGGAGGAAGAGGAGGAACGUCCCUGUUCUCCUGAGCCAGAUAUGGGACCGCCUCAUGAUGAGGAGGAAGAGGAGGAGAAGGAAGAAGAAGACUGUCCCGACAGUUUAAAUCAGCCUUCUCUUUUGUUCCAGGAAGUGGAGGAGGAGCAGCGAGCGAUGAAGACCAGAGUUUUACCUGCGUGGAUGAUGGCGGCUGUCGCUGCUCCACACAGCAGCGUAGUUCAGUCCACUGUGAAGAGAAGUAGAGCACCUGCUGCAGCCAAACAGGCCAUGCCCCCUGCCACCGACUCACCUGGGGGGGCGGGGCUUAGUGAGGAGGAGGAGGAGAAGGAGGAGAGGCCGAGGAAGAAGAAGACGAGGAAGGACGACCCAUCAGAGGAACCGACCGUCCGACAGGUGAGCGACGAGUCUGAAGGCUUCGCCAUGGAGACGGGAGGGGACACACCCACUGAGGAUGUCUCCGUGGCGAUGCCGACACCUGCCCUCGGUGGAUCUGAGAAGGAGAACAGGAAGUCCGUCAGCGUCUCCUCGUCUCGCGUCCGGACUCCGUGUCCGUACGGGACGGACUGUUACAGGAAGAACCCGCUGCACUUCCAGGAGUGCAGUCACCCCGGUGACCCCGACCACGAGGAAGAAGACAAGGAGGACGAGGAGGACCGACCCGAGUGCCCUUAUGGCACCGACUGCUACAGGAAAAAUCCUCUUCACAGGAAAGAAUACAGACACACACAGAGACCGGCUCGCGCCACACGUGCUGCCACACGGAGCCCCGCCCACGAGGAGGACGAGGACAGUUUCAUCGACGACGACAGCGAGGACGCGGGCAGCGACUCGGACUACGUCCCUCCGGACUUAGACGACAGCGGCGAGGAGGACGUGAAGAGACUUCAGAGAGAAGCUCAGCUGUUCCUGAAGAGGAGGAAGUAGUUGACAGGAAUCUGACUCCCGAGCUCUCGGCUCCUCGCGUCUCUUCACCACAUUCCUCACUUCUUCUUCUUCUUCUUUCUCUUUGAAGUCGCUUCCUGCUGCAAACGGGGGAAAAAAAGCAGAGCGGUGUGUUUGCAGGUUUCGUCAUGGCAACGAGAAGCCAAACAACCGGUUGUCACGGUCGGUCGAAGAGAAGAGUUCAACCAUAAUGUUCACGUUCAUAAAGAGAAGGAACGUUUGAUCUUAAUAAUCCAUGAGAACCUUCAGACACGUUUACUUCUUCAGGUUUUAUUUCUCUUCCUGCUCCACUUCCUGUUUUCUUCUGGUUUGAAGACGUGUGAUGAACAUUAAAUCUCCUUGUUGAUUCCACAGUGACACGUUCAGGGUCUCCGACUGAAGUCAGGAGAAACGUGUCCCUGUGACUGUGGACGUUCCUCCGCAGCAAUGCUCUCUGGGAGUUUCACUUCCUGUCUUGUAACUUUGUCUUUUUGAAAAUAAAGUACAUUCAUUUUUUUUACUCAA